GGAAUAGAAAGUAUCGUCCUUGACAUUAGCAAACUUCGUUAGGGAUGCGUUCAACAGAACUCCUUCGAAAACAGAAAAUCUGCAGAUAAAGUUCCUUUAACCAAUUCAUUUUGAAUAAAUAUGCAAAACCUUGUGAGUGGGUCAAAUAAUUGCGAAAAGUGUCAUUUAUUACAGAGACAAACUCAAUCUCUUGUGAAAACAAUAACUAACUUGAAAACUGUGCUAUUUAAAGAUAGACCAAUUAUUUCAGAAGCUAACGGACUAAAAGAAGAAACUCAAAUACAACGAUUAACUAGUAGUGAGAAACAAAGCAAGAAAAACGUUGCCGCCGUUGAAACUCUUCAAAAAAAAAUUGAAGAAUUAGAAUUGACAAUAAGUGCUUCAGAGUCAAAAGACAAACAAUAUAAAUCCAUAUUUGAAGACUUUGAAGAGAAAGUUAAAGAUUACGAACGUAAAGAAAAACUAAUAAAGCAAGAAUUAAAAGAAACAAAAAAGAAACAAAAAGAUAAUAAAGACUACACGAAAACGAUCGAAGAUCUAAAAGCAUCAUUACAGGAAGUAAAAAAAGAAAAUAGAAGAAUAUUGGAAGAAAACAAAAGAUUGAAUAUUCAAGAUCAAUCCAUUAAAGAACUUCAAGAAACAAUUAGUAAAUUAACCAUGAGACGAGACGAGUUGUUUGAAGCUAACGAAACAUUCCAACAACGCAUUCAACUACUGGAAGAAGCUAAUACGAAAUUUCAUUCAAGUCGCAAAGAUUUUCAAGAUAUUGUAAAACCAGUAGAAGAGCUCACUGAUUGGUCUAAUAUUAUUAAUGAACUUAAAGAAACUAUUAAACAACUGACAUACGAAAAAAACCAACAAUUAAAAGAAUGUCAACUAUUGCAAAAGUCCAAAUCACACGCUGAAACUGAAGUUGAAGCUCUAAAGAUAAAAUGUUCAAAAUUCCAAGAUGAAUUAAAAAUUGCUCGAGAUAAAUUGGAAAAUGAAAGAAGAAAUAAAAAUUGUAAUUUUGCCAUUGAUAAUCAAAUUCAAAAACAAUUAGAGCAACUUAUUUCAAUUAAUUCGGAAAAUAUUAAACGACAUGAAAAAGAUAGGCAACAGGCUGAAAAACGACUUCAAGAUGAAUUAGACACUAAAAGAGCUCUUGAAAAAAUCUUUUUUAAUUUAAAAAAUUCAACAAAUGUCUCUACUAUACAACCAACAACUUCGUUGAAAUCUCAAACAAAACAUAUUUUACCUUCUCAACUCCUUCCGCCUCUUCUUUCACCAGCAACAUCUUUGCCUCCUCAAGGUCAUGGUCAACCUCCUCAACCGACUAUAAAUUCAGAAAUUAGUAUUACAACAAAAACAUCUCCACCGACGGCUGUACAUAGUCAAACCAGCAAGCGGCAAUCUCCCCAAAAAAAACCUAUACCCAGGAAACCAAUUUCAUUUGUCCCAAGUUCAACUCCACUUCUACCUCAACCUUUAAAACAACACUCAGAGCAGGAAAUAGCAAAACAAGAACAAGAAGGAGUAAAUUGUACACCACAGCAACAAGAAACGUCGAAGCAUAAAGAACAGGAAGAAAUUGUGGAACAGCAGGUUCAAAACCAACAAGAUGUAGUAAAACAACCGCAAAACGUCUUUAAAGAAAGUUCUUCAAAACCUCCUAUGAGCCGGCAAACUUCUCGAAAAUCUCUAUCUGACAAACCUGACUAUGAUUCUCUUCAAAAGAAACAAUCGCUUAUUGAUCCAUCCGACAUUUUCCAGGAAAUGCUUGUUCCACUCUGCCUAUCACCAUUAAAAACUCAGUCACUUGCCAAAGAAAAAUCGGACACCUCAGGAAAUAGUGAAAAAUUCGAAAAUCAAGAACCAACUUACAGAUCCGUUUUUGAUGAUUCUGAAAGCAGUGAUCAAGAUGACUUAGAUGAGGACUCGGACAAUUCGGUUGAGGAUAUGAAUGUAGACUCAGAGGAGAACCAUGAUGUUGAGCUGCCGAAUCGGGCGAAUUGCAGCGAAGACGAAAAGAGUAUUGGAGUAACAAGCAAUAUAGAGCAUUCAAAGGAUGAUCAGGAGCAUAAAGUAAAAAAUAAUACGAACAUUGCUGAAGAAUAUGAUAUUCCAAGCGAUACAAAUAAUAUAGAAGAUGAUGAGAAUAUGGAGGACGAUUACGAAGAGUUGGAAGAGGGAAGCCAGACGAAUAAUAUAGGUGAAGAUGAGAAGUUGAACAAAACGAAUAUAGCUGAGGCCAGUGAGGAAACGGAAAAACCAUGCAAGAUGAAUAACAAUAUGGCUGCUGAAAAGGAGCUGAUAGAUAGAAGGAAGCCGAAACAUCGGGAAGCGAGUAGCAAGAUUGAAGUGGCAGGCAAACAGACGAGUACUCAAGUUACCAAGAGGCUGAAAGUGACAAGUACUAUAGAUGGUUCUGAUGACAGGGAGAAGGUUGAAGCAGCAAGCAAGACUACUAACAUGAAAGACAACAAGAAAAUUGAAACUGAUAACAGCCAGAAAGUUGAAGCAGCAAGCAAGACAACUAACAUGAAAGAUAACAAGAACAUCGAAACUGAUAACAGCCAGAAGGUUGAAGCAUCAAGCAAGAUCACUAACAUGGAAGACAACAAAAAAAUUGAAGCUAAUGAUAGGCAGAAGAUAGAAGCACCAAGCAAGACUACUAGCAUAGAGGAGAACAAGAAACUUGAAAUAACAAAAUCUCUGAAUAUCAGUUCGAACAAUAGCAUUGAAGAUGUUCGAAUGAAAGAAAUUAACGAGGAAGACAGUAAUCGCCAUCAAUUAGAUAAAGUUAAAAGUGAGAAUGAAGCCAAAAAUCCAAUUGAAAAGUCCACAUCAAAUGAAAAAUUAUUAACAAAUGCCAAAAUGGAUAAAACUCAUGAUUCAAUCAUUAAAGACUCAUUAAGUCAAGAAACACCAGAAUUAAAUGUAGCAGAAGAAUAUGAUCGAACUCUAGAUAAUUGUAUCUCUCACGAAAACGAAAAAGCAGAGCACAAGAAUAGUCAACAAGUUUUAAAAGAUGAAGAUAAAGAUACACUUGAAAAUUACACUGCACCAAUUUUAUGUUCUGAUGAUGAUACCGAAGAAGAACAAUUAGUUAUUGAUGAAGGACUGAACACCAUUGUGGAGGAAUGGGGAAAUAGGCAGAGAAGAAAAAAUUUAAAUGAUGACCCAAUAUUUAAAAAUUUUGAUGAAAAUCUUGAUUCCUCAAAUGAACAAACAACGUCAGAAAACACAAGAGGAAGGCAAAAACGAAAAAUGGUUAUAUCAUCAUCUCCUGAAAAAGAUUUGGCGAGUGAAAUUUCUGCUAAAAAGCCAAGAUUAGAUGUGAAGUUUGAAAAAAAUAUUUCGACUAGCAAUCCAAAUGUUGAUAAAUCAUCAGAAAAAACUCUUUUCAAUCAGAAUAUUAAAAUUGACAAGCCAUCAGAAACAAUUUUACCACAUUUUGAAAAUGGUUUAGAAUUAAAAAUUCGCAUUAGUUUACCAACUUUAGAAGAGAAGAAUAUCGAUAAAUUUAUUGAAAAUAUUUCAACCCAUAUUCAAGAUAUUAGUAAAUUAGUCGAUGCAGCUUUCGAAAUUGUAGCAAUUCACGGAAAGAAAUCUACCCUGGAUAUAUUUCAUCGAAUUCAAUCGAAAUCAUUUAAUAAAAAUGAAUGGACACCUGUUUUAUACUUUUAUGAAGAGCGUAUGAUAAUUGUUACUCAACAUAUUUUAAAAAUGUUACCCGACAAGAUGGAUGAAUUAAAGACGAUAAUUGUACCCAAGACACUUGAAUUUAUGACUGUUAAUAAUGGUGAUUGCGAUAGAAAAUCCAGUGUAAUACGUUAUGUUGCUGGCCUAUUGAGGGUUUUAAAUGAAGAUGUUAUAUGUAAAAAUUUAAUUGUGAGCCUUAUUGAAACAAGAAUAUUUUCUAUAGACGAUUUACUGAUAAGUAUUGCAGCCAUUUGGCCGGAUAUCUUCAAUAAAAAUAAAGAAUGUUAUUUAUUAAAAAUACUGGAAUUUAGUUGGACUUAUAAAUUAAAAUCAAGGCCUACGUCUUAUAUAAAGCACAGAAAUAUUAUUAGACAGCUAAUACAGUGGAAACCUCAACAUAAAGCAAACUUGGAAAAAUUAUUAAAAGAACUAUUUGAAAAAGACUGGCCAUGUGUUCAACAUUGUGUAAUUAUUUGGUUAUCAUUGAUCGAUCAUCGGAAAUUACGGACUUUAUGUCUUGAAAAGCUAUUAUCUGAAUUGAAGAAUUCAAAUUUGGAAGAUUCUCUCCCAGCUAUCGUUAAUAUUUGUUAUUGUUCACGCCCAGCUGACGAAACUUUUAAAGCAAUUUUAGACUAUUUACUUGAAAGACUACGCUCUUGUCCGGAAUCAGAAUUUGAUCGUCUUAAAAUGCAUAUAUUAAAGAUUGGAGAUCUUAUUGAUCCAGAGAGGGUAAAGCCUGAAGCCCUAAAUUUGAUAAGAGAUACAUCCUAG